AUGUAUAAGGAAUUGUGUGAUCUAAUUAAUGCGGCUGAUAAUUAUGUUUUUGAUCCGAACAACUCGAGAGGAAAUACUUUUGAGACUUUUUUUAAUUUGUAUUGCCCUGAUGAUAACUGUGACACUGAUGACAACAAAGUUAGUUCUACUUUUAUAUCAUUAAUAAAAUCUUUUGAGAAUAUUGAUGAUAAGGAAAAAUUUGAAAGUGAUAAACUUGCUGAAUAUGCUAUUUUAUGGUUAAGUUAUAAACUAAAUCAAAAAACACAAAAUGGAACUACCACAUUAAACAAUUUUUAUACUGAACAUAUAAAAAAAAAUAAGCAUUAUAAUAAGGAAAUAAAUGCUGAUAGAGAUAGUGGUAAUAAGAUUAGUAAGGGUGUUAUAGAAACAAAAAUAAGUUCGAUGAAUAUUGAUAUCAAAGAUAUAUCUAAUUUUUAUGAUGCAUUUAAAUCAUUAUGUAACAUGUAUAGUGAAAUUAAUGCAGAAAAUAAUACUGAAUGCAAGCCAUGUUUAGAAAAUGCUAGAGAAUUGUUUGAAAAAUAUGAAAAACUUAAAAAUGCUUUAGAUAUUAAUAAAGGAAGUUCUUAUUAUAAACUAUUGUCUAGUUUAUCAAAUGAUUAUAAAAAUUUUGAAAAUGAAUAUAAUAAUGUUAAAUGUAAGAAUUUCUCACCACUUGUAGCUUGUCCACGAAGUUCAGUAACAAAAAAUACACUAAUUUCAAUUGCAAUUAUAUUUGUUGCAGCAUCAAUUUUAUUGGGAGUUUCUUAUAAGUAUUCGUUAUUUGGAUUUCGAAAACGAUCUCAAAAACAACAUUUAAGAGAAAUGCUAAAAAAAUAA